ACCAGGUACAAGUACACACCUGCAAUUGUAUACCUGACCUGGGCAGGCUGUCUGCAGGCUGUAAUAAGCAGCAGAGUGGAACUCUAACUGAGUUUCCUCCACCCUCACCUUCAAGCCCUGAAACUGUACCAGACAGAAUUUUUCCUUUCUGCGUGACAGGUGCCUCGCUUUGAGACGAGGCAGCAGUGCGAUGGUAGAGGGGAAACCAUAUCGUUAUGGACUGAUAGUGGCCGGCCUGUGUGUCUUGGCAGUUGGCCUCUUCAUCAUGAUGCAGGAGCGGCCACAUGUUUUUGCUACUUUGUGCGUUCUGGGUGUCACUAUGGUGUGCGCUGGGACUGUGUGGAGCCUCUGCCAGUGCUAUCCUAAGGUCAUUGUGGCUCAUGAAAUUCAGGAAAAAAGCCUAGAAAAUAUCAUGGGUCCUGUGGCUGAAGAUGAAAGACACACUGAAGUUCUGCCAGGUUUCUGUGGCCGAAAGCUGAGCAGCGUCACACUUCUCCCAGAGACCCUGAAGAGUCAGUGUCAUAGCUGUCCCACUCUGCAUCUGGUCUGAGGGAGGGACGACACUACCAGAGGACUCCUCCAGGGUACCACACUGCUCUCAGGAUAGUGAGGAGUCCCCUCGAUGAAUUUUUAUACUUCCUUUCUGCAUCACUCACACAUCUUGCUGUUUGAAUGUGCCUUUCUUUUGUUUUCUUUUUACAUCUAAUGGAAGCAACUGACCAUGUAUCAACGGUU